AUGCAUUCCACAGCCCCGCCCAGUCUUACGUUCGACGAGAUUGAUGACCUCCUCUACUUCACCCGAGCCAACGAGACGCAGGAUCUUCAACAGACCAUCACCGAGCUGGCUCAAAAAUAUGAGUGCUCUCCAAAAGCCGUGCUCGAGGCUGCGGUCGAUCCAGAGAGUGGAAACACCGUGCUACACUUCUGCUCAGCAAACGGUUUUGCUGAUCUAUUACCUGCAUUACUCGCGAAGUUGAACGACACUGAAACCUCGUCGAAAGCGAACGGAACACCCAAACCUUCGCCGCUUAUCGAUCACGCGAACAAGGAGGGCAACACCCCGCUGCACUGGGCAGCAUACAAUGGCCACCUGGCUGUUGUGAAGCUGUUGGGGGAGGCAGGUGCGGAUAUGUGGGCCAAGAACGCUGCUGGACAUUUGGCGAUGUUCGAGGCAGAGCGUGCAGACAAGAGCGAGGUGGUGCAAUACCUGCUGGAGGCUGGAGGCAAAGAAGUCGAAAAUGGUGGCGUGGAGAAGCAGCCGACUGAAGAGGAUGUGGUCGAGACGGAAGAGGGGGAGGCGAGUAGCAGUGCGGGAGCCAGUGUAGGUGUCUCGCUGGACGCUGGAGAAGGAGCAUCACGAUAA